UUCGGUAUUUUCUUCUUCAGGUUUAUUAGAACAACUGAACAUCUGGGAUGGGUAUUUCCAACAGACAAGCAUUUCCACGUCGGUCACCGAGAACUCCUUCACUACGAAACCUCCAGAACAAUUGAAUAGAAGGAAGCACUGCUCACUGACUUUUUCCUCCCCACAAAGACGCACUUCCCUUCAACACUUCUAUUCUGCUCAUCUGAAGCUGGAGGACGCAUAAGAACAGCAGCAGAGAACCAUGGACGCCUGGAUUUUGGUUUUAUUUCUACUUCUGAGGUUCAGCUGUGUGUCUGGUUUCCUCAUCAUGCUGACCCCCAGGAGGUUGUGUCUAAUUACCCAAGGUCAGGUCAUCAUCCUGGGACGGUGUGAUGUCAAUAACCCCACCCAUCAGUGGGCGUGGACAGGUGGGGCCAGACUGAUCCACACUCGGUCCUCCACGUGUCUCUGGGCCGACCCCAGCCCUCACCUGCCGCUCCACACCCGCCUCGCCAAACUCCGCGACUGCAGCAGAGCGCCGGCGUGGAGCUGCUACGACACCGAGGGAGCGCUCGGAUUGGCUGAGACACACAUGUACUUGAAGAAACUGGGGUCGAGGGUGGUGGUCGGAGGGAACCUGCAGACUUCGGAGUGGAGGAAGUACGAUGUGGACUCAGGAGGGAAUCAGCUGAUAACGUCUUUAUGCCCUGAGACAGACACAACUGCCCUUUCCACCAUCUUUUAUUCAUCCACACAUAAACCUCUGGGACUCAGCAGCCCCGUCUACACCUUCAAAAGUCCCGCAAUAACUGUGAUUAAUGAACAAUUAUCAAAUACAGUAAAAACCCACCGAAUCUCCAGACAGGUCACCACCUCACAGGUCCACAGUUCAAUAACUAACAGAGCUUCAACGUAUGUGGACGAUGUCACCAACCUUCGCACCAGGAGGUCGGUAACAGCAGAUUUAACUCCUUCAGUUUCAACUUCAGUCACAGAACUCUCAGCUUUAAAUAGCAGCGAGAUUGUCUCAUCCAGUCCAGCUGUGUUCACCACCGACCAGUCCACAGACUCAUCAGAGAGUUUGUCAGUUAGAAGUGUCCCUGAGGUCAGGACCGAAGCCGAGACGUCAUCAGUAAACCAACAAGUUUCCAACGCGACCUCCUCAUCGAUCGGAAACGAGCUGCAGUCGACCGAGACCACCGCUGUGUAUCUGGUUUCCUCCACAGGGGGCAAAGCUGAUUUCAUAUUCACCUCUGAGGACACGUCUGACUCUGCAUCCACAGCUACUGUUGGUUCUUCUACUGUUUCUGAUCCCGAGUCAAAUCAGCAUAAGACUUCUGCAACACAUUCAACCCCUGAGGAAAAAACCAAUAUUUCACCUGCAGCCUCCACAGCCACACCUCCAUCUGACACUGCUCAUCUAUCUUCAACUGCAGAACUGAUUUCUCUCACACAGACAGAACCACCACCCACGGCUCAAACCCUACCCAGCACUGCACAAACUUCACCUUCAGAAACCUCGACGCUGCAGACAGUCUCCACAGUUCAUCCAGAGACCUCAGCGAGCACCACCACUCAAACUGCUCCAUCGAUGUCUCCAACAGCUGGGGUGAUGUCUACAGGUGGGAGCACCACGCUAGCACCGACGGCCCCACCCACGAGUCCGAUAAAUACACCUAGAACCACGACCAAAGCCACAACCACGCCUGUAACCACACCUGCUACCCCAACUACAUCCACCGCAACCCCUACAUCCGCAACAACCACAUGGACCGCAACAACCCCCACUACCACCAAAGCCAUGACAACCACCGUCCAAACCACACCAACCACCACUCCAACCACCACCACAGCCAGUACGACCACUCCUGCAGCUACAACACCAACAGCAACCACUAGUCCUCUGCUGACAACAACUACACUUCAGACCACGACUUCAGAAUUAACCACAACAACGCCUGUUCAGACCUCCGCUGUUCCCCGCUGCUCCGUGAACGUGACGGAGAUCACCUCCGGGUCAGACUCAGCCGUAGUGACGUUAACCACCGGCGGUUUGUCCUGUAACUUCAGCCUGGUCACUGAGGAGGACUCCCGGGCCGAGUCCACCGACUGUGAACGCUAUGGAGGGACCGGCACCGACUUCACCUGUCAGGUCAUGGGUCUGGAACCCGGGACUUUGUACCAGUUAACGGUGAUUUCCAGGACAGAUGGAGAGAGGAGCAGCGCGUUCGUGCGCACAGACCCUGUCGGUCCGGCUCGUCUGGAGGUCCAGCUGGACCAGGGCCAGGAUCGGUAUAAAAGCCAGUCUGCGGUCCCAACUGAUUCUUCAGGUUUGAGAGUGUUCUGGUCUCGCUCUGCUGGUCAUGUGGACUGGUACGAUCUGACUCUGGAGGACACCAGCUCCGGAUCCACCCGCAGUACCAGAAUCAUGGGCUCUGCAGCCCCUCAGUCUGGUUUCAGCUCCCUGGUCCCCGGUACUCUGUACACAGUCAGUGUGGUGGCUACAGCCGGGAACAAGAGCUCUGCACCUGUCCACACCAUGGCAGCUACAGCUCCCUCCUCUGUCCGUGGCCUCCAGGUGGCAUCAUUGUCCUCAGACAGCCUCAGGCUCUCCUGGCAGGUGGGUCCGGGAAGAACUGAGCGGUUCAGGGUUCUGCUGUCGGACCAGGACGGGGUUUUGUUGAAGAAUGUCACCCUAAAAAACACGGUGACCUCCACUGAACUGGAUAACCUGCAGCCAGGGACCCUGUACACUGUCACCGUGGUAACAGAGGCUGUCGGUCUGCGGGGCUCUGCCUCCGAACAGGCUUUCACAGUCCCAGCAGCGGUGACAGAUCUGAGGCUGGACAACAACGGCAGCUCAGAGAGUCUGCUGGCCUCCUGGGUGAAACCUGAAGGGGGGGUGGACGACUACCUGGUCACCCUGUCGGCUCUGGGAUCGACCCCCCAGCAGCACCGCCUGCCUCAUAACAUCACCCAGGUGGUCUUUGAGGGUCUGACCCCCGGUCGCAGCUACCAGCUGUCAGUCAGGACCACAGCUGGAGGACAGAGUACAGAGACCAGGACAAGAGGGAGGACAGUGCCUGACCAGGUGUCGGCUCUCUCCAUGUCCCCUGUCGGUGACGGCAGGACACUGAGGCUCAGCUGGAAGCCCCCCUCAGGUGACUGGGAGAAGUACAGUGUCCUGCUGAGGAACGGGUCGACGGUUCUGGUGAACGACACCAUCGGUAAACUGAGCAGACAGUUCACCUUCUCCGUCCUCAGCCUCGGUCUGGUGCCAGGACGACUCUACGGGGCAGAGGUCACGGUUCACAGCGGCAUUCUGGGUAACACGGCGCACUGCCACGGACGACUGGCUCCUCGUCCCGUGCAGCAGCUGCUCGUCCGUCACGCCGAUGAAACCACCCUGAGCGUCCUGUGGAGUCAACCGGUCGGUGAGUGGGAUGGCUUCACCGUGCUCCUCAGACAGGCAGACUCCGCCACCGCGGUGGCUCAGAGGAUCCUCCCUUGGGAGUCCAGAGAGUGCACCUUCAACAUCCUCACCUCAGGACGCCGCUAUGCCGUCACUGUGAUGACCAACAGCGGCAACCUGAGCAGUUCCGCCUCUGUGACGGCAUGGACCACUCCAGCUCAGGUCAGCAGGCUGCAGGUUUCUAACCUCGGCACCACUGACAGCCUGCAAGCUCGGUGGGAACGAGCCUCUGGAGAUCUGGACUCUUAUCAGGUCCUGCUGGUCCACGACAGCAGUGUCAUCAAGAAUGAGAGCGUGGAGGCCGUCACCACCAGCAUCGGCUUCCACUCUCUGAGAUCUGGAGCUCUGUACAGGGUGGUGUUAACCACCGUCAGAGGCGGACACACCUCCAGACAGACGGUGGCAGAGGGACGCACCGUCCCGGCUGCCGUGGGCGAGGUAACGGUCAGUAAUAAUGGUCUCGUGGACUUCCUCAGUGUGUCGUGGCGUCCGGCUGCAGGUGAGGUGGACAGUUACCUGGUGACUCUGAGGGACCGGGAGAAUACGGUCCACACUCUGGCUGUUUCUAAAUCCAGCCCAGAGUGUGUUUUUAACUCUCUGGUGUCCGGACGCCUCUACAACAUCUCCAUCACCUCCCGCAGCGGCGGCUACAAAAAUCACACCUUCGUCCAGGAGAGAACACAGCCGUCAAAGGUCCAGAACCCGACGGCAAUCCACGCUGCCCGGGACGACUACCUGAAGGUCUACUGGCGUCAUGCAGCCGGAGACUUCGACUUGUACCAGGUGUUCAUCAAACACAAUAACAUGUUCCUGCAGAACCAGACGGUGCUGAAGACACAGAACGAGUGUGUGUUUAACGGUCUGGUGCCCGGCAGACUCUACACCGUGCUGGUGAACACCCGGAGCGGGAAAUAUGAAGCCAGCGCCUCCACCCAUGGCAGGACCUUACCGGCGGCGGUCCGGUCCCUGGUCCUGGCUGGGCGGGGGACUGAGGACUUGAGGGUGACGUGGUCGGCUGCUCUGGGUGACAUGGAUCACUACGAGGUGCAGCUGCUGUUCAAUGACAUGAAGGUGUUUCCUCCAAUCACUCUGGGCAGCGGUGUGGGGGAGUGUGUCCUGUCGUCACUCACACCUGGACGGCUUUACAAGAUCCUGGUUUCAACCUUCAGCGGCCCCAACCAGAGAGCCCAGUUUAUAGAGGGCCGCACAGUUCCCAGUAAAGUGAAGAACAUCCACGUCAGUAACAGUGGAGACAGCAGCAGUCUGAAGGUGAGCUGGACUCCAGGUCAGGGUGACGUGGACAGAUACUCUGUGUUUCUGUUCAGAGAGAGCAGACAGCUGGACGUCCGACACGUCCUGAAACACCAGCACGAGGCGACGUUCGGCUCCCUGCAGCCGGGACAGAUGUACAGCGUGACGGUUCAGUCUGUGAGCGGAGAGCUGGUCGACAACAACACCGCCUCGGGACGCACAGUCCCCUCAGCAGUGACGGGGCUCCAGGUGGAGAACCUCAACACAACCUGCAGCCUCCAGGUGAGCUGGCAGGAAGCCCUGGGCGUGGCUGAUGGAUACAUUCUGCAGGUUCUGGAUGACAGAGACAGUCUGGUGACAAACUCUUCUCAGCCCUCUGGACACACCAGUUACAGGUUCGACGGCCUCAUCCCAGGAAAAAAGUACCGAGUCCUAGUCCAGACCACCAGUGGUGGGAUCCACAGCCUGGGGGUCAGCGCUGAGGCUCGGACACGCCCUGCAGCCGUCACCGACCUGUCCAUUAAAACCAACACCACCACUAGUCUGUCCUUCCUCUGGUCUCCGCCGGAGGGAGAGUUUGAGCUUUAUGAAAUCUCCUUGUAUAAAAGUGACAACACGCUUCAGGAGAGACGAUCAGUCCAGUCCAGCAGUCUGCAGUGCUCCUUCAAGGUUCUGCUACCUGGUGCUCCGUACAGGAUGGUGGUACAGACCCACAGCGGAGAGGAGACAAACCAGUCCUCCAUCUGGGCCAGAACAGUCCCAGCUGCCGUGCUGUCCCUGAGGGCUCGGAGUGGAAACCAGUCUGAUGCCCUGUGGGUGAACUGGGUUCAUGGUGGUGGUGAUCUGAGCGGAUACCUGCUGUCUCUCUACAACCCCAACGGCUCUCGGCGGGCCAAGCAGCAGCUGGGCUCAGAGGUCACAGAGUUCGUCUUCUCAGACCUGGUCCCGGGUCGACUGUACCGAGCUGAGGUGCUGAGUCUGAGCGGAGACCUCGGCAACAGAGCCGACACACUGGGCCGGACAGCUCCCAGACCUCCAACCUCCUUCCUCUUUGGGGGGGUCACCAACACCUCCCUGGAGAUCACGUGGAGUGGCCCCGUGGGCUCCGACUACGACGACUUCGACCUGCAGUGGACUCCCGGAGACCAGCUGUCGGUCAUCAACCCGUAUCACAGCCGAAGGUCCGGCAGCCGCAUCCUGAGAGGGAUGUUCCCCGGACGACUCUACACCUUCAGCCUCCGCACCGUCAGCGGGGCCACGGAGCCCGGGGCAAAACCCACCUACAGCACACCCAUCCUCAACAGCAUCCGAACCAAGCCAGAGCGAGUCCACGGCCUCCACUGUCACCCUCAGAGCUCCACCUCCAUCUCCUGCUCCUGGGGCCCUCCGGUGGCCGACUACGACUCCUACACCAUCGAGUGUCUCAAGCAGGACUCCCAGAGGCUGGUCUACUCCAGACGUUCUGGCCGAAACUCCACCACCUACGUCAUCCCCCAGUUGGAGCCCCACAAACGCUACACCGUUUCUGUGAAGGUGAUCUCGGACAAGACGACCAGCGAGGAGGCUCAGGACAGCGUGGUCACCAUGAUUGAUCGUCCUCCGGUCCCCCCCCUCAGUACCCGGGUCAGUGAUAAGUCCGCUCUGGUUACCAAGUCCUCCAUCGUCUUCAGGUUUAACUGCAGCUGGUUCAGUGACGUCAACGGAGCCAUCAGGUUCUUCACUGUGGUGGUGACUGAGUCCGAAGGUUUUGAAAACGUGCAGCCGAAGCAGCAGCACCCCCUGCCCUCCUACCUGGACUAUAAAUCCAACAGCUCCAUCAAGUCCUACCAGACCAGUUACUUCCCCAGUCAAUGCACCCAGGGCCCCGAAAGCUCCAACAGCUUUGAAAUCAGUGUGGGGACGGGGAUGGAGUUCCUUGGGGGGACCUGUGACCACACAGAUCCAGAGAUCAGCAGAGACCUGAACCAGUUCUGCGAUGGACCACUGAAUCCUAAAACUGCCUACAGGAUCAGUGUUCGAGCUUUCACGCAGCUGUUUGAUGGAGAGAAAAGUGACUUCGCCGUCCCUGCUCCUCUGUACACCGACACAUACCUGUCCCUCCCUUUGGUCACCUUGGCUGAGCCUCUGAGCGGUGUGAUCGAGGGCAUCAGCGCUGGUCUGUUUCUCAUCGUCAUGAUGGUGGGAAUCACUGCUCUGCUCGUCUGCAGACACAAGGCUCGCAAAGUUGUUCAGGAGAGAGCGGUGGUCAGGAUGAGUGUGAGGAGAGAGAGGGCAACAUCAGGAGUUCACCCGGGGGUCAGAGGCAAUCGGCGCAUCUCAAGUCCCAUCAAGAUCAUGAACUUUGAGUCUCACUACAACAAACUUCAGGCCGACUCCAACUAUCUGCUGUCAGAGGAGUACGAGGACCUGAAGGACGUCGGUCGUAACCAGCCUCUGGACUCGGCUCUGCUGCCUGAGAACCGGGGGAAGAACCGGUACAACAACAUCCUGCCCUAUGACUCGACGAGGGUGAAGCUGUCUUACAUUGAUGAUGAUCCCUGCUCCGACUACAUCAACGCCAGCUACAUCCCUGGUAAUAACUUUCGCCGGGAGUACAUCGCCACACAGGGUCCUCUGCCGGGAACUAAAGAUGAUUUCUGGAAGAUGGUUUGGGAGCAGAACGUCCACAACAUCGUGAUGGUCACUCAGUGUGUGGAGAAAGGAAGGGUGAAGUGUGAUCACUACUGGCCGUUUGACCAGGAUCCUCUGUACUAUGGAGAUCUGAUCGUCCAGAUGUUGUCAGAGUCUGUUCUACCUGAGUGGACCAUCCGAGAGUUCAACAUCUGCAGCGAGGAGCAGCUGAGCUUCACCCGUCUGGUUCGUCAGUUCCACUACACAGUAUGGCCUGAUCACGGAGUCCCAGAGACCACGCAAUCCCUAAUCCAGUUUGUCCGAACUGUCAGGGACUACGUCAACAGGACUCCUGGAUCUGGACCCACCGUGGUCCACUGCAGUGCUGGUGUGGGUCGUACAGGGACCUUCAUCGUUCUGGAUCGAGUGCUGCAGCAGCUGGACACCAAGGACACACUGGAUAUCUAUGGCUCUGUCUUUGACCUGAGACUUCAUCGAUCACACAUGGUGCAGACUGAGUGCCAGUAUGCGUACCUCCAUCAGUGUGUCCGAGAUGUUCUGAGGGCCAGAAAGCUUCGCAGUGAGCAGGAGAACCUCCUCUACCCAGUCUAUGAAAAUGUGAACUACAACGCCCAGAGAGAGAUGCUGUGCGCCAGACGUUAAAGAUUGUAAUGACUACUGAGAUAUGUUGAGCACUACAGGGAAACAUGGCAAUUCUAUUUUUGUAUCACUGUUUAUAUUUUAAACAACAGAGAUUUCCAAAUAGAGAAAAUUUUAUGAUUAUUUAUGUAACAGAACUGUACAUAUACCUACAUCAUAUCUCUUUGUGUUUGUAUAUAUUUUGGCCGAAUAUUUCUGUAACAGCUGCUUUUUAAAUGAUAUGUUGUCUGUGUGUUUUAUAAGCUAUAAUAUUUGCACAUUUCACUUCUGAUAAAUGAUAGCAAACAGUCUGUCACGUGCCCCUGUAAGGACUGUAUGAUGCAGAUUGAGUUUUGAUCAGAAGAUGAUUCAUGCUGAGUCAGUGCUGUGAGUGUGUUCAUGUCCAAGAACCAGAAUCCGCUGCCUUUAUACCUCUGAACAGCUCUGAACAAACAGCUGAGCAGCAGUUUUACCACCUCUCAGACUCUGUAGUGACUUAAGGAAAGCGAUUCAUGAUGAACGGCUAGAUUCAUCUACAGGCCCUCAGGGCACAGGGCACAGGGCACAGGACCUGGGGUCUAGGGGAGUCAGGGGCCCCAGAGCCAGAGCCUCUGUAUGAGGAAAUUGUUAUUUACUUUUAUUUUUGGUAAGUAACAGAGCCCAGUCAAAUGUAGGGAUGUCCUGAUGAGCAGCUGUGUUUUCAGAUAACUUUGUUUGACAGUUUCAUUUAAUAUUGUAAUAUUAUCUGUUUAUGUGUGCAGCACCUUUCAACAACAAGGCAACACAAAGUGACAUGAGUACAGGAGACAUAGAAUGCAUGAAAAGAAGAAACAAUAUAAAAGGACACAUUUGAAAGGGAUUAAAAAAAAAAAUACACAGAAGAUCAAAAUUAAGCUCAAAUACAAAAAAACUGAUAAAACAGUAGAAAAUUACAGUACGGCUACAGUGCAGUGUGAGACGGGAAUAAAUAGUUCCAAAUUGAAUGCAAUAAAAUUGGUUUAAAGUUUGAAUAGUUUGAAGCCCUGAUGUAACAGAAGUGAAAGUUGGAGCAGAGCUUUAGUUUUCCGAGCCUAAUGAGUGAAUGUUACUUCUCCUCCUGUGCAGAGUCAGCGUCGAUCUAAUGUCAAACUCUCUGCAUCACCACAUUCAAACUAAAUCCUGCUGCGGUUUUUACAACAACAGCGGAAAUUCACAGGUGUGGUCGAGGCUGUAGGUUUGAGCCGUGUGUGUACAGAUAUUAAAAUGAAUACUACAGCAGACUGUACUCGGGUUAAAGUGGGCCAGAACAAUCUAGAGCAGCGUUCUGGCCCCUUCCAGUGCAAACAAACAACUGCACUAAAAACAACUGAGGCAAUAAAACGGCACUAAUGACAAAUAACAAGCAAAUAAUAUGACAUGGAAAAUGAAUGACAAGCAGAUAAGACAGGAUAAAGUCACCACUGUAACAAAUGAAUUGGAACUGUAUCUGAAUGUGCAUAAAGUACAAAUGGAGGAAAUAUGUAUUUUAUGUAGCCUGAGAGAAAAACCAAGGACAAAGUCUGUAAAAUACUCACUGCACAGCUCACUGUGAGCUGUUAAACUUCAGCUCUGUGAGCAGACUGUAACUGAUGGCAACUCAGACCAGCAUAUCAACAUUUUGAUCAAAUCUUCUGAUGUUGUAUCUGGAUUUUGGUGGGACGGUCAGAGCAGAACAGAACAGAAAUUCUACUGACAAAUCAACCUGAAACUAUAAAAGUGAAGGGAACAAAAAUAAUAUUUUACAGAUAUAAUUCUCCAGUUGAAAUUAAACUGUAAAUGUUUUCUGAAAUGUAUUAUUUGUUAAAAGUUUAACACUUAGAAUUCAGUUAACCUGCUUCAGACAGAAAUGUCUGAUUCUGAUGUCAAAUAUUUUUACAAUCAUGUACAACUUUACCACUCAUAAUGAAAAUCUUUUCAGGGCUUUUAAUCUUCAUGAAAGUGUAUUUAUAUUAUAUUGUUUUGUAGCCAUGGCAGGUUCUUAUGACAGUGUAUUAGGGCCGUUUUAGGUGGAAAAAAAUUAAUAAAAUGGAGCCGGGGGAGGGGGGUAAUAAUCAGAGAAAUAAAAUUCCGAGACUAAAGUUGUACAUUUUCAAGAAAAAAACUCAGAAAUGCUCUGAGAUUAGAGUCACAAAUUUACAAAGUAGAACUCGUCGCGGCUUGCGGUGCAUUAUGCCUGCAGUGGAUGAUAUAAUCAAAUUGUACCUUGCAGUCUGAUUUAGCAAUUAGGAAAUCCUUGUGAUUUUAGUCCAGAAUCACGAUAUCAUCAGAAGCAUCCGGACAUUGAACAGACAUUAGCGUGAGCUGGGCCUAUUCUAGAAAAACAGCGUAGUGAUUUGGAUGAGGUGACAGCUGUAGUACAUCAGUAACUACAACGCCAUGGACAGAUGCAAGGAUAUCGCUGGUUACAUCUACGGGUGAUUCAAAUGGGAUGUGGAAUUCCUUGUUAGCGGUGGCGUCUUUGGUGUGAUGAGGUCGGUCCAACCCUGCAAAAUGAAGCGCUGUGGUUACUUGAUGGAAAAAAACACCACUCUUUUUCAGAAUUUUAUCUCGUAAAUUUGUGACUUUAAUCUCAGAGAAUAUCCAAGUUUUUUUUUUUCUUGUAAAUUUACGACUUUGAUUUUUGAAUAUUACCCCCCUUACCCGGUUUUGUCACUUUUUUUUUUUUUUACCAAAAAUCGCCCUAAAACGCAAAUCGUGGGUGCUUGUAUCAGCGAAAGGUAAAAGUAUUGUUUAACUAUAAAUGCAUGUAAGAUACUAUUUUAAGUGUGGGUUAUGUAUUUUUUUACUACAUGAGCUGUACUUCAGUCUGUAAUUUUUCAUUCUUUGUGUGAGAGCAGUUCAUUAAACAGCAGAAAAGAUCUAGAAAUGUCGUAUUUCUCUGAUUAUUCAUCCAUUAUAUUAUAUUAUUCCUUCACUCACUGAGAAGGAAUGCUUUGUGACAGUCAGAGGUGGAGGAAGUAAAAGUACUGAUACCACACUUAAAGUACAUUUCCUGAUUAUACUUACAUACUUUUACUUUCAUAACAUUUUAAACGCAGAACU